AUGUGUGGAAGCAUCUUCAUCAUGAACUGCAUUGAAGGGAGAUUAAGAAACUUGUGCUUAAUUCUUGGGCACUUCAGGUAGAGAUUAUUUUGGAAUACUUCAACUGCAUUGGUUACAGCCAAUUAUACUAAAAAGAAAUGCAGCGAUAUCUCAGGAAAAAACAAUAAAGAAUGUAUUGAUGGCAUGCCACCUUUUAAAACUACUGAUAAUCCUUUUUGUGUUUUUGAUGGAACUUCAUAUAUUAUUUAUAAUGCAUUCAAUCGAACUGAAGAGAUAUGCCCUACUUCUUUAGGUAGAGAUUGUUCAUGUAAAGCUACAACUGUAAAGGAUCAUGUGCUAAGAGAUUAUGUACAGAAACACCAAAUACUCUUACAACUGAUGCUGAUUGUUAGAAAUAUCAUUAAGAUUCUUACACAACUGGUAAUGGAUGCACAAGUACUAAAUCAAGUUUCAAUUUAACAUCAUAAGUUGCUUGUAAAUUAAUUAAAUUUAUAAAUCAGAUUUUGGAGAGAGGAAAAUAUUUAAAUAUUUGCCAAAAAUGUAUGA